AUUUUCCUAAUCGCCCCUCCAUAUCCUGUCGCACUCAUCAGCCUUAGCCUUCAAGAGUGAUAGGUCAGCUGUCUCAAAUCGUCCUGGUCAUCGAUGACAAACAUCUUCUUCCUGCUAGCUCCAUUACUUUGCAUAUUAUCUCAUUAUGUUCUUGGCGACUCAUGUUUGCCCGAUUGGAUGUUCGUUGCUCGAUUACACAGUUGCUUCCUCGUUCCCCACUAUCCACUUCCUUGGCGAGAAGCGGAAAACUAUUGCCGUAAUGAAGGAGGGCAUCUAGUAUCAUUGAGCAAUGCUCAAGAAGCUUAUUUUGUCAGAGCCUUGGCAGAUCAGCACAACCCGCAGUUUUUGACCUGGAUAGGACUAAUCCGGAACAGAAGUACAACAGUGGACUUUCCUGAUUCUUGGGCUUGGUCCGAUAGUUCUCCAGUAACUUAUACUAACUUCCGAGCAGGCGAACCAUCUGACUGGGGUGACUGCGUGGCUUUGUCCUCCUCACUUGAAAUCAAUGGUUGGGUUACUGUCGACUGUGAAUACUCACAGUUUUACUUGUGUGAAAUGCCUGCAAAUGGAGCUGCCGCCAUAGUUAUGCACGAUGAAGAAGGAGAGUUCCAGAGUCCUGGAUAUCCAAACAAUUAUCCGAAUGAUGUGGCCGUCAACUAUUUCAUAGAGUUGCCUGCAGAUAGCAGAGUCGUCAUUACGAUAGAUUAUAUGUUUACUGAGGAAUUGCGAGACAUUCUUCACAUUUACGAUGGACCUUGGGAAGCAAGCCCAACAUUGGCCAGGCUUUCUGGUUUCCAUCAGAAUCACUCUUUCCUAUCGCAUUCAAAUGUUGUGAUGGCCGAGUUUUCGAGUGAUGGAGAGUCGAACGGAAACGAAAUAGGAUUUAAAGCUCAUUAUAGAGCAUGGGGUCAGCGUCCCGAAGAGAUACUGCAGCAACGAGACGGAAUCAUCAGCAGCACAAAUUUCCCUUUGUUGGCUCCUCCAUUCACUCACCAGCAUUUCCUCAUUCAAUGCGCUGAUGUGGACCACGUUCACUUCAACAUCACAGAGCUGGAACUAUCAGGAAAUGAUGUUCUGGUCCUGUUCGAGGGCACUACUAUCAAUCAUAGAAUGCUGCGAAGGUUCACGUCGACGUCGCCGCAGAGGCUUCCGGACUACUUCAGAAGUGAACAAAAUCUUAUUUAUAUCGUUUUCGAAGCAAAAGAUCCCUUCGAGUUGUCUAGAUGGCGACUACGAUAUGAUUGCGUAAGAAAAGACGGUGUUGGUGAUGAAGUUGUCAUAGAAUGAGCCAUCUGCGUGUUGUUUUCCAUGUGUGUGUUUUCCCUUUGUAUUGUCAUUCAUUUGUAUGU